AUGCGGGAGGCGAUGGAGGCGCUGUCGAGCGAACGCGAGCGGUUGGCGAAUUUCACGAGAAACGCGCUGGCGAGCGAAAACGUGCGAAGAGCGACGGAAAAGGACGUCGGGGAGCUGCGCGAACGUCGUAAAGCGGUGGAUGCGGCGAAGAAGGAGUACGAUGGGGUGCGACAGCGAUAUAUGAAGACGACGGGAGGGGAGGAAGAGUUGCGCGCGGCGAAACUGUCGUUUGAGCGCGCGCGACGGGAUUUGCUCGUAGCGCUGCAACGAGUGAAUGUGGCGAAGCACACGCGCACGAAACGGUGCGCCGUAGACUUAAUCGACGCGCAGUUGGAUUACUUUCGUCGGGGGGUGGAAAUAUUGACUCGCCUCUCGCCCACGCUGGAUAUUUUGAGAAAGGACGUCGCGGCGGCGGAGGCCGAGGGCGCGGACUUAGAGGCGGCGUUGAACGAGGAAAUGGAAAAGCUGAUGGCGCGGUGCGAUGACGAAGCGCAAUCGACAUCGGACGCACUGUCGAUGGUAAGUGACCGCGCGAGAGAGAUGAGCGCGCAGAUGGCGUCGUCCGCCGCGGGAUACGGGUCCUCUCAAAACGAAGCGUUGAUGCAAGGAUAUUUAUUGAAGCGAUCGAGCGGGAAAAUUCAAGAUUGGAAGCGGCGAUUCUUCGUUUUGGAUGCGCGCGGAUCGCUGACGUACACGAAAUCGCUUUCGUCCAAUCCGAGGAAAGCGCUCGGCGGGAAGUUGUUAUCGCUCGGGUCGAUGCGAAAUAAGUCGUCAAACGCGCCUUCGACGCAGACGACUGGCGGAGGAGAGGUACGCGAGACGGUAUCUUUGCUCACGGCGACGAUUAAACCCGACUUGGACGACGACUCGAACGCGCGUUUCGCGUUUCGCAUCGUUUCUCCCGAAAAGACGUAUUAUUUACGCUGCGAAAGCAACGCGGAGCGAAGCAAAUGGAUGGAAGCUAUCACGACCGCGAUCGCGAGUUUAUUAAAUUCGAGCGUGAACGAAACAAUCCUGGCAGAGCACGAAGCGAGCGUGAACAAAUACGGGAGCAAGCAUUCGCGGACGAUGUCGUCGAUCUCGAGCGUCUCCGCGUACGACGGUCCGCCACCCUUGACGGUGCUCGGCGCCGUGCCCGGCAACGGAUUCUGCGCCGAUUGCGACAUGCCAGAGCCGGAUUGGGCGAGUCUUAACCUCGGUAUCAUGCUUUGCUUGCAAUGCAGCGGCGUUCAUAGGCAGUUGGGCGUGCAGGUGAGCAAAGUUCGGAGCGCAACGCUCGACGUGCGCGCGUGGGAGCCAAGCGUGUUGGAAUUUUUCUCGCGCUGGGGCAACGCCCAAUCGAACGCGCGUUGGGAGUACGAAAAAGCCGAAGUCGAGGCGAAAAAACCCAACAAGAAUUCGUCGCUCGAAUCUCGAAAGGCUUUCAUACUCUCAAAGUACGUCGCCAAGGCGUUUUGCCGUCGCGAGGCGCAACCGACCGAGUCGCAGCUCUUGACGGCGAUCAACUCCAACUCGCUACCAGCCGUCAUGGAUUUACUCCUCAAAGGCCCGCACAUCAAGAUGCACUGGGUCAUGCUCACCGCCGCUUGCGACUGCGGUGAUGCUUCCAUCGCCAUCCUCGAAGCUCUGCUGCACCACAACGUCGACGUGAACGCUCGAGAGAAUCCGUACACCGAGGACACCGCGCUCCACUACGCCGCACGAAGAGGCCGAGACGCCUUCGCCAAGGUUCUACUCCGUCGCGGUGCCGACCCGCGCGUCCUCAACGGGCGCGGUCAGACCGCUUUCGACGUCGCCGUGGACGUUCACGGCGCGAUUCGCGACGAGGAUUUACUCAUCAUGCUCAGCGCCGCGCAAGACGACGACUAGCCCUUGUAACGCUCG